UGUGCAAUUUGGCGCAACUGGACCUGCAGCCCUGCAAGGAGUCUCCCUCCCUCUCUGUCUCUGGGUGUCUCCCCACGUUGAACGCCUGCACUUCUCGCCCAGGUGUGACAUUUUUGGAGUGCAACACUGGAACCGCAACCUGCCGAGAAGAUGACGGACCCCACACCGCCAGACUCCACCGCCGUCCCGGACCCGGUUGUAGUAGUGGACCCCACGGUGGUGAACGGGCAGUGCGAGCAGGCGGACUCCCAACAGCAGCAGCAGCAGCAGCAGCAGCAGCUCAACACAGAAAGUCAGGGAGAAGGUUUAAAGAUGGAUCAGGAGAUGAAGAUAACAGACAGCAUAGAGGACGGAGGCCUUCUGGAGAGCAGCAUGCGUCUGAAGCCUCAUGAAGCACAAAGUUACCGCAAGAAAGCUCUGUGGGUGUCUUGGGUGUCCAUAGCGAUCACCAUCAUCCUGGCCAUCGCUGCUUUCACUGUUUCCAUCAUGCGCCACAGUGCUUCAGCUUUUGGAUUUGCUUUUGACGCCACGCUGGAUGUGUUGUCCUCUAUUAUUGUACUUUGGCGGUACAGCAACGCUGCAGCCGUCCACUCAGCACAUCGCGAAUACAUAGCUUGUGUUAUCCUGGGUGUGAUUUUCAUCCUGUCCUCCUUGUGCAUUCUGGGUAAGGCCAUCCACGACCUCGCCACCAAGCUGCUACCUGAAGUGGAUGACUUCCUGUUCAGCGUGUCCAUCAUCAGCGGCUUGGUGUGCAUCAUCCUGGCCAUAAUCAAGUUCAUGCUCGGCAAAGUGCUCACGAGCCGGGCCCUCAUCACUGAUGGAUUCAACUCACUGGUGGGGGGAAUCAUGGGCUUCUCCAUCCUCAUCAGCGCUGAAGUGUUCAAGCAUGAGCCCCAGGUGUGGUACCUGGAUGGGACAAUAGGCGUCCUCAUAGGCCUGAUCAUCCUCGCCUAUGGAGUCAAGCUGCUGCUCGACAUGGUGCCACGGAUCCGACAAACCAGGAACUACGAGCGCUUUGAGUAACAGACCGCAGAGGAACAGAGAGAGGGAGCAGAGGAGGGAUGGAAGGGGGCUGACUGACUGACAGGAGAGGGACAGUCUCUCCACAGACUGUCACAUUCAGUCCUCGAGGUGCCAGUGGUGUCUGUACUGUCCUCCCAUUCAAAGAUUUGAACUGAGGAUCCGGACCGAUGAUGACAUUCUUGCCGCCUUUUAAGUGUUUUACAAUUUGGUGUACAUAUAAUAUAUUUAUCUGUCUUUUAAAAGAGUCUGUUCCUUCAUGCCUCCAUAUUCAAACAAGAGCGUUAUGAAGGCAAAGGGAGUUUAACUAAGGUGAAAAAGUUGUUGACACAGUUGUAGAAGAGAGAGACGAGCUCAUACAGGAGGCACUUGGACCUUGAGAGUCUAUAACUCCUCAGAAGCAACAGAUUUUUGUACAGCCAGUUGAUGUACAGUACCUCGGUUACACCUCAUCGCCCUGUCAAAACACAGCAGUUUAUUUUCCCAUGGUUCCUAGAGGCCUUUGCUCAGCUGUGCUAUAAAAUGUCGCAGAGUGGCAGGUGAAGCUGAUUGAUGUAGCUGAUGUAGCAGCGCAGGAUUUAUGGUGUUUUACUUUUUUUAUGACCACAGAGGAUAUAUCAAUACAAGGCCCAUUUGGCUUACAGAGCAGGUACACAAGCACAGAGGCUCAGCACCAUGUGAUUUGCUGUUUACAGUAUUUAUCUAGACCGUUGUGGCGGGAGCAGGAGCCUCCAGUGGGCAGUGUUUCAGCAGCAUCAUGCCAGCGCCAGCUCACAGCACAGGAUAGAAAUCAGUGUUUCUGGCACCCAGUUACAGAGAGUCAUGACCUGACUGGAAAUGUUACACAAGGAAAAUGACAGAAAGAAGCUCAGUGGCUUUUUUUGUGUUUGAAGUUCAAGUGACAAACCUGAGAAUAUCAUUUGUACAUUGACACCGUGCGCCAUCUACUGACCAGAAGAGGUACCUGCCUGCUGUACAUGUGACUAUAUGUGAAUGUGUAUCUAAUACAGCUAAGGACAGACACAUGAGGUCAAAGAAAGCUUUUGUUUUAAAUGAAUAUCAGUUCCUGCACACUGUCAGCGCCCUUCAUCAGGCAUCAGAGCCACAAUAACAAACAACUUUAUAUUAUAAUGAAAGGCAAAAGAACCAGGAUUUGUGUAGUGUUACCCGCAGUGUUUGGUGACUAAUCACAGAGACAGUGGAGGGUUGUCAGUUGAUCUGUGUCACCUGGGCCUCCCAGAGUUAACGAGCUGGCCCAUGUGCUCACUCUGUCUCUGUUCCUAAAGCUGAUGUCCUCUUUCUGUGCCCUUCAACGCCUCCACAGAACCUAUGUUACACUUUUAUUUACAUUACUUUGAUCGCUGAUGUUGCAGAUUUCCAUAUACUGUUGUUUAUUUUAGUUGAGUGAGUCAGCUUGUGACAAAAGAGGGCUCGUCCUCACGUGUUGAGAUUUAGUCUGGUUUGAUUUAGAGAUUAAGUAUUUUUCCUCCUUUUUUGUUUGGAUGCUUGAACGCAGAGGGGUGUACUACGAAGCCAGAUUAGUGGGUGAGCAAAGGAUGGUGAAUCUAAAGUCAGGGUUUUUGAUGUUACAUGGCUCUCUUUUAAGCUGGCUAGAUCACCAUGGCAACUUAUGCUGCAGACUUAACCUUGUCCAGACCAGUUGUUGAGCGUUUCGGACUGAAAUCGGCUAAAAAGCUCACCUUGAUUUGGCCAAAUAAUCCUCGUAAAACAGAGUGCAUGCUGUCACAGUGUUGCUUUUUGCUUUAAUAUUCGAAGGUCGCAGUCAGUGACACAUAAUCUUUUUUGUGUGGUAGUCGAGUCAAAUGAUGCGUUGAAUGCCGCCUUCUAAGAGCCUGAGGAAGAAAACCUGCUUUUAACUAAGACAGUUGAUAGCCACCCUCAUGGCACCUGUUAUCUCUGACUGUGGUUUUUAGUCUUUGUCGAGCCACCUUACACAAACAAAGCCUGACUGUCGAACUUGCUUUGUGGUACACGCUUCAACGCUUUUGUUGCCAGUUUGUUUGAGAUUCAGUGUAAGAACUGGUCAUGUGAGUGAUGACCAUGGCCAAUCAGAUGUCCUGAUGGAUGUCUGUGUCCAGCUGAAUGACAUAUUGAGCAGGAUAUGAUUUGAGAUUUAAGGUGACACUGCUGCAUUUGAAUGUUUACGAAGUAGAUCUAUAAGAAACAUGAUCUGAGGCGAAUUUAAAUGUGUGAGAGAUUAUUAUAGAUAUGAUUCCUCUCACAUCUAAUUUCCACAACCUGACUUCAGUUCACCACCUCACCAUCCGACGCACAUUUACCGUCUCCAGAAUGUCCAAAUCUAUGUGUAGAAAGUGGCGUACGCACAUUUCCAGCCCUUAUUUUGUGCAUAUGCAGUGUUUAUAAAUGAAACAGUUUGGUGCCUUUCCUCUUGUCUUGAUGCCUGAUGACAGACCAUGACUGAAACAUGUCUGGGCUGAACUGACAGUGUGCAGGAAGUUUUUCUUAUUCGUGUCUUCAUUUCACUGUGCAUCUGUCCGCCAGCUGUGAAUUAGUAAAUACGUUAAUAUCAUACUGUGAAGGACUCCGCUGUCCCGCUAGUUCACUACUUACAGCUCUGUUUGUUAUUGAUGAGGAGACGUUGGCGUGAAUCCACCACACUGUUCUGAGGUUUACGCUGUCAUAGGACGUCUGUGUGAGCCAUGUUAGUUUUUUCUGUUUCCUUUUGGUUGUUAUCUGAUCAUGUUAGUGGCUCCACAUCAGUGAAAUGGGCGCACACACACUGCAGUGAUGGUUUUGGACAACAGUCAAGUCAACAGUCAUCUUGAUACUGUGUCAGGAGUCAAUAUACGUGCGCUCUUAUCUGGAGCUGCUGUUUGUUUUGGCAUUUAAAAGGGAGCGCUGUAGUUCUCUGUUAAUCUAAGCAUGUUGACUUGUGGAGCGAUCACAGUCAAACACAUUGAUGUUGAUGUAAAAGCACAAAAUUAGGCGUUUACUGCUCACAGGCAUUUAGAACGAGGCAGUUAUCGAUAUGAACUAACGUCUGGCUAACUUAACAACAGCCCGUAUUUACUCCAAAGCCUUAAUGUUACUGCUGUGUUGGUGACUGUGGGACAUGAAUGUAAUGAUCAGGUGGAGUUUGAGUUGUUUGUAUGUUUUCCUCAAGUGUGUUUGCUGCAGUGACUGUAACUGAAUGUACACACUGUGCUGAGACCAGUUUGUACGGCGCACACACGUGCUGCUGUGCCGGUUUGUGUUUAAUCAUAUUUGAGGACUUUUAUUUGAAUACAUAAGUGUUAUUUUCUGGAGUUAUAUUUGUGCCUGAAGUGUGUGUGAGGCUCAGAUGCAACUCCUGCUCAAUAUUGUUUGAUUUGUUGGACUUGUACACACACAUAAACACACACACUGUGGGGCUGGAGCUGCUCCUCAGCCCGCGCCGACUGUACUCUCCUGUGCCCGUGUAAAUACUGAAUCUGUAUUGCUGUGAUGUAACACAAAUAUAAACCAGAGUCGGAGCCUUUUGUCACAGAAAAAAGGUUUAUUUAAAAAUAAAGUUAUAUCCCUCUUACUCGUCAAAGGACUGUGAAAACAAAAAAAGAAAAUGUUGUCAUUGCGUUAUUCGCCUUCCGCUGCUUGGACCACAAUCAUCACCACUCUGUUGUUUCAGUCACUGGAUGCUAAGAUGCUGACGGACAGAUUCAAACAAGGUCGAGAUUGAAACACAAAGAUUGGUACAUGUUUGGAUGACUGUAAGUAGCAUGUGUUGUUUUAUACAGUGGAGACAUUCGAUGCCGAGGAUAACACAGACAGAUAUGGUGAGGAAAUUAUUUAGUUUCCUUGAAAUCAAACAGCUGAUAAUUGAUGGACAGCAUGCUUAGACUGACACAAAGGAAAUAAGGCUUUCACUCCGAUGACAAAGGUUUGAACAACUGAAGCCAAGUUUCACUGUGGAUUCAGAUAAGUCUGGCGAUAUUCUACAUGUUCCUUCCUGUCGGGGAAGUAUUGAGUCACAGACUGACAAAACUGUAGAAUAUCAUGAGCCUUAUCUUUAAAAUGAAAGGAUAACACCACUGUUGUUUCUUAACUGUGUCACUGCUUCAACCUUUGUAGAGUCUGAGCCCACACUGCAGGAGGUGUCAUGCAGAGGAGCAACACAACACAGGGCUGUGAGUAAAUCAGAUGCUUCACACAUGUUCUGCAUUAAUCUGACUCCUCACAAGGGGCGUCAUGACAGAAAAAUAUCCGACUGCUUGUCCUAUCUUAACUUAAGUUUCAAAGAUAGAAAAAUCUUAUCCUGUAUAAUCCAGUUAGCUGAAUGAACACUGGUGUUAUCCUUUCUCAUCCUGUCACCACACUUCUCCAAACCAGAGCAACUUGACCCAGUUUAACAGAUCACAAGGUUUGGACUGAUUAUAAUUGUAUUAAAUAUGAGAUAGAUCAGAAUAAAUAAAAUGAUUUCAUAAAACUGAUUCAGUAAACAGACAACAGAUUCCUUUAGCUGACCUGUGGAGUUAAAUUUGGGACUGAAGGCUUGAUCACAAGGGUGUGAGCUUUUUCUUUCUUUCUUUUUUUUUUUUUAGGUUCAAGUGACGCUGACCUGACACGCCAUGGCCAACUGUCAGGCCCAAACAGCUCACUGAUAACGAAACAGAAGCAGAACCAAAGUUAACCAUGAAAAGGCACAUCAUGUUCUUUAAAACGCUAACUUGGCAGCAGAUCACUGACCUGUUUACAAAAGUAAAAAAACAAAAAGAAAACAUAAAAACAGUCUGAGCAGACACAGCGACAAAGUACAGGUGUCAUUCAGUCUGAAUUUACACGUGUGCAAACAGAAAAACUGAGAUUGGAAAUCAAAGCACAAAGUGUAUGAGGCUCCUGCUGGCGUUCACAAUAACACGAGGCGUUUUGUCCACUGCUGUCCAUCUUUAUGAGUACUUCACCUGCAGAGCGAUCAUGUGUAAAUCACUUACUCACUGGGAGUUAUCUUGAACUCAUGCCUCCAUGACGAACGGAAAAUCCAGAAAACGUGAAUGUGCUUCAUGAACGACUGCGUUUAACAACAGUAAGACUGUAUCAGCACAUACAGUGCUAUGAAAACGUAUUUACCUCCUUCCUGAUUUCUUAAUUUUUUGCUUAUUUGUCACACUUAAUGAUAAUUUAAUUUAACCAAACCAAACCUACGUGGCCCUGUGUGAAAAAGUAUUUGCCCCCGAAACCUAGUAACUGGUUGCGCCACCCUUGGCGACAACAACUGCAAUCAAGCCUUUGCGCUAACUGGCGAUGAGUCUUUUACAUCAGAUUUAAGUCCAGAUUUUGACUAGGCCACUCCAAAACCUCCAUUUUUUUUUUAUUUUUUUUUUAAGCCAUUCAGAGGUGGACCUGCUGGUCUGUUUCGGAUCAUUAUCCUGCUGCAUAACCCAAUUGGCUUGAGCUUGAGGUCAUUCUCCUUCAGGAUUUUCUGGUAGAGAGCAGAAUUCAUGGUACCAUCAAUUACAGCGAGUGGUCCAGGUCCUGAAGCAGCAAAGCAGCCCCAGACCAUCACACAACCCACCAUGUUUGACUGUUGGUAUGAUGUUCUUUUUACAUAAUGCUGUGUUAGUUUUACGCCGGAUGUAACGGGACGCACACCUAGUAAUCAGGCCAGGGUGUGGCUCGUGAAAUUGAACUCAGCUUUCCAAAAAACGUGGUUAAUCACAGUUAAUUCGUGAUUUAACAAGGGGGUGAUUACUUCAUCACAUAGAGCCAGGUAAAAAAGAGAAAAUUUAAGAAAUCAGGACUCCAGUCGUACGCUCAGUGCCUCCCUGACACAUGCUGUCACUAAAACAUUAUAAUUUAAAACAUGUCAGUGCAAACAGUCUCAUCAAAUCAAAUUGCCCCACGGGGACAUUAAAGUGGUACCUUACCUUAUCCAGCCUGGGUCCACAUGUGCUCAGGGCACACUACUGCUAGGUGGCAGUGUUUUAUAUUGUAAUGUUGCAUGUGAAAUGUUAUUAAACAUGCAUGUGUUUGGGAAGCCCUGAGCACACGAUGGGAUAUUACAUGUGUUGUGUGAAAGUCUGUAAUCAGAUGAUCGGAUGUAGUUUUGCUGUUAAACGCAGUCUCUCUUCAAUUCAUGAAGACUGUUCGCCUUUUGUGGAUUCUGUUUACUGUGGAGGCAUGUGAGGCAAACAAAUCACUCCUAUACAAAUGAUGAUUUUGUGGGUGCAGUAUUAUUUAACAGUGAUGAUGAAAAGACUUCUGCAGUUAAAACCUGACUAAAAUAAUUUAAGACAAAUGAUUUUACUUUAAAACCAAUCCUCAUGCAAUUCUUCAGCUUUUUAAGGAAUAAAAUAUCAAAUUUCAUUCUUCUAAUUGAUAAACAUCAUCUUUUAAAAUGCAAAGCAAUUCAUCUGGGCUCAGAGUUUGGGCCCUAAAUAUAACUUGUCUCCACAUCACUGCUGAGAGCUGAACAGAAGCGGACAAAGCCUCCCACUCUCAGUCAUACACUUGAAGACAAGCAAGCUUUUUUUGUUUGUUUUUUUUAAAUUACUCUCCAUAAAUAAAAAUCUAUAAAAGGAAAAAAAAAGACACCCUCCUAUAAAUAAAAAAACAAAGACUUCCAGCAAACACAGAGAUAAAGAUCUGUAUACAAAAUAAAUAAAAAAGAAACUUUAAAACCCAUAUGAACAAUAUACAGUGUUACUAAUAUCUUGUUAAACCUCUGCGAAUAGAUUACCGUAGUGCAUUUGUUCCAUUCAACACAAGAACUACGAAUUUUAUCUGAAUUUUUUUCUUUGCAAAUCUGCAGGCAAAUUAUUAUCCUAACGAUUAUGGAAAGGAAAUGGAGUUGCGAGGUUUUGCGUUGCAGGAACGCGUCGUUGGCAUGUCUUUGUUACUUACAGGUUGCUUUAAAAGAUUUCCAGCUUUUGUCUCGUCGAUGGGAAAUGAGCGUGGCUGCUUUUUUGUAUUUCUGUGUACAUAAAGACACGGACAAGCAUGUUUCUCUGCAGGCUGUGGCGUCUUUGGAAAACGCGUUAAGGCUUCCCCGCCUGGGCUGCGGUGCAUCUAGUUGUUACCACUGCUACUGACGACGCUCUAUCAUCUACAACACAACGUCACGAAAUCCUACGACACGGCGACCCUGUACGCAGCAGCUUCAGCUACAGAGAACGACCCUCGCCCCCUCCCUGAUCCUCACCUCUCGGUGUGUGCGUAGUACCGGAUGGUGUGCUGAAACACUCAAACAAAAACACUCCUCUACUGGCCUCUUGUAGAAACACACACUCUCAACUCUCUGUUAAAUAAAUCAUCAGUUGUUUAAAACAAGUGUGCAAUUUAAAAGUGAACGUAUGAAACUUGGACUUUCCUGUCUUUCAACGGGGGAAUGAGGAUCGCUUUAAGUCUGGGGUGUGUGUCAGGAAAUGCUAAAACCUCCAGAAUAAAAAUCUAGAUAUCUACGUUACAUGUCCACUCUCAUCACCUCUGUCUGGAGGAGAGGAACGAGUUGGUUACAGUGUAAAACUGGGUUCUUCUUUAGCCGCCAUUUUGGCCCCGUGUGUGUGUGUGUGUGUGUGUGUGUGUGUGUGUGUGUGUGGG